AUGGAAGGGCCUGUGGACACACCUCCUGAGCAGCAGAAGGAUCCGGUGUUAGAGGCUUUCGAGGUGCAAUAUGCAGCUGUGAAAGGAGAUCCAAGGGACUUCAAUAAGCUGGUUGGCCUGAUCAGUGCAGCUGAGAAGCUGGGCGAUAUUGCAAAGCUUCGAGAGGUGUAUGAUGCAUUCUUUGCAGAGUACCCUCUGUGCUUUGGGUAUUGGAAGAAGUUUGCUGAUGCCGAGAACCGUCACGGAUCCCCAGAGGCAGCCCUGGGUGUCUAUGAGCGGGGAGUGGCUGCCAUACCUUACAGUGUUGAUCUGUGGGGGCAUUAUGCAUCCUUCAAGCAGACAAUUGGGGCCAGCUCAGAGGAUGUCCAGAGUGUCUUUGAACGCGGCUUGCAAUUCGUGGGCACCGACUAUGCUGCUUAUGGGCUGUGGUCAAAGUACAUCAAUUACACUGCUGGCAAUGGAGGCUCGAAAGCAGCGGCACUGAUCUACCGCCGUGCCUUGGGGCAGCCCUUGAAGGAGCUUGACAAAUGUUUCAACAGCUUGACGGAUUUUGUCAGCCAGCUCACGGUGGAUCAAGUGGUGCCUGACGAGGAGAGGGCUGCGCUGGAGGCACAAGUGAAGUCCAUGCAAGAAGCUGCUUUUGCUGCCCAACAGAAGGCCGCUGAGGAGGCAGAGACUGCUGCUUGCAAUGCUGCACAGGAGGCAGCGGAGCAUGCAGCAGCGGCAGCCACUGUUCCUGCGGCUCCAAUGGAGAUGCCCUCGGCUCCGAUGGCCCUUGAUGGACCAUCCACUCCAGGGACAGAGAGGAAAGCCUCAGCAGAGGAGAUGCCUGCUGCAGCGCCGCAGACGCCCCCUCCCACAGCGUCUGGCGCCCCUCAGGAUGCAGCCGCCGACGCCGACGGCGCCAUCACACCUCCACCAGCAUCUGCCCCUGCAGCUGCCCCAGCCGGCAGCGCUGCAGACCAAACCACUGGAGCGCCAGAGGGUGGUGCAGAGUCAGCAGCAUCAGCUGAAGAGCUGAUAUUGCUGGACACAAAUGUGACAGACGAGGAUGUGAAGGAGGCUUGGCUGGCGGGCUGCCAGGCCAUUUACGAGGCAAGCAAGGAAGAGGUGGGAAGGCGAAAGGUCUUUGAGGACGCAAUCAAGCGCCCCUACUUCCAUGUGAAGGCUCUGGAUGGAGCACAGCUGGCAGCCUGGUCACGGUUGCUGGACUAUGCUGAGGAGCGCGGGGAUAACUCUGUCACCACCCACCUGUACGAGCGCUGCCUCGUUGCUUGCGCCCAGUACCAUGAUUUCUGGGCGAGGUACAUUCGCUUUCUGGAGCCGAGGGAGCCAGAGGCAGCCAAGGAUGCCAUGCUGCGCGCGCAGGGCAUCCACUGCAAGGCCCAGCCGGAGAUGCAGCUGCUGGCUGCGCGCUUCCUCGAGCGCCACGGCGACAUUGCCGCCGCCCGUGCUGCUUACGAGCUCGUGCUGUCCAAGCUGGCCCCUGGCCUUGUCAGCGCUGUACUGGCAUGUGCAAACUUCGAGCGCCGCCAGGGCGUCAAGGCGGCUGCGUGCAGGAUCUUCGAUGAUGCCGUGGCCGCUGCUGCCGAGAAGGGCCCGCAGGGCGAGAAGACAUAUGCCUUCCUGGUGGUGUCGCACGCGCACUUCCUGAUGCAAUCCUACAAAGACAUCGAUGCAGCCCGGGCCGCCUUUGCAGCCGCGUUACAGAAAGCGCCAGGCAGCAUCACCUUGUGGGAGGGAGCAAUACACCUAGAAGAGUCUGUUGAUGCACCGGGUGAGGAGAAGGCGCGCAAGGCUUUGGCACUGUACGCAAAGGCGGCCGGCAGUGACACAGUGCUGUCGGAAGCAGAGCGCGAGGACUUCAGUGCGCGCGCGGCAGCGGCUGCAGACCUCUUGGGCACAGCUCAGAUGGUGGAGAUGGCAGAGCGGCUGCACUGCGCGCGCUUCAGGCCGACAGAGAGGCUGACACGGCCGGUGUCCAGCGCUUCACGGCCCAGCAGCGGCCAGAAGCGGCCGGCCGACGCCAGUGCAGCCGGAGCAUCGCCAGCCAACAAGCAAGCGCGCCCCGCGGAGCAUCCUGCUGCAUCCUAUGCGCCUGCCGCUGCAGAAGCCACAGCAGCUUCUGCUGCCGCCCCUGCCGCCGUUCCUGCUGCAGCGCCUGCCGCGGCGCCUGCUUACUACGGGCAGGCGGCUUAUGGCUACCCAGGAUACUACGCCCAGUACCCCCAGCAGGCCUACCCUACAUACACCUACCCCCAGUACUGA